UGGAGGGAUGGAGGGGGGCGGGGGCCGCUAUUUUUGAUUGAGAUAAAAGGAGGGAAUUCCCUUGGAGGCGGUACUUUAGUAGUGAACUCGUUACCGUUAAUACUGUUACCAACUACCAAGGAGUAACCAUGUCCCUGGAGAGAGCAGUGCAACUUAAGAUUGCUGGCAAGCGAGACGCAGAGCAGGAGAGAGAAGCUCUGGAAUGGAUCGAGGCAGUUCUGGGCCGUAAGUUCCCGGCAGGAGAAGCCUACGAGGACAUUCUGCGAGAUGGCGUUGUACUGUGUGAAGUCAUGAACAAACUCGUUCCAGGAUCAAUCAAGAAGAUCAACACCAGCGGAGGAGACUUCAAACUGAUGGAGAACAUUAACAACUUCCAGAAGGCAAUCAAGGCUUACGGAGUGCCAGACCUUGAUGUAUUCCAGACUGUAGACCUGUACAACAAGAAGGACAUUGCCCAGGUCACGACAACACUGUGCGCCCUCGGCAGGACGACCUACACCCAUCCUGAGUGGCCCGGACCAUGGUUGGGACCCAAGCCUUCUGAGGAACACAAGAGGAACUUCACCGAGGACCAACUCAAGGCAGGACAGACCAUCAUCGGCCUCCAAGCAGGACAGAACAAGGGAGCGUCUCAGGCUGGUCAGAACAUGGGCGCCGGCAGAAAAAUCAUCUUAGGAAAGUGAAAAACUUUAUACUUUUUAUAUAUAUUUUUAUACUCACUGUUUAAUCCCUACAGAAGCUUCGAUGUUUAUUUUUGUAUAGACAAACUUUGGUCGUUAAUGUGAGAUGGUUUUAACGAGGUAACGAAGACGGAGACUGUAAAUGUAUUUUUUACGAGUCAAUAAAACGAUUUCACUUUUUGAA